AUGCCUCUUGCACUCUGGGCCCAGACCCACUGCUUCACCUCCACCAGGGGAUCACACAGUCUUCAUUACAACCUCACGGUGCUGUCCCGGGAUGGAUCUGUGCAGCCCAGCUUUUUCGCUGGGGGACACUUGGAUGGCCAGGCCUUCCUGCACUAUGACCGUGAGACAGGCAGGGUAGAGCCCCGGGGACUGUGGGCAGAAGAGCUGGGAGCUGAGACGUGGGACACAGAGUCCAAGGACUUGACAGAGACCUGGAAGGACCUCAGAAAGCUUCUAGCAGAAAUCCUGGCCCUGCAGGAGGAGAAAGGAGGUGUGAAUUCCCUCCAGGAGAUGGUGGGCUGUGAAAUUCAAGAAGACAACCACGCCUGGGGCUUCAGGCUUCUCUACCAAGAUGGGGAGCUCUUCCUCUCCUGUCACCUGGAGACCCAUCGAUGUACAGUACCCUAGUCGUUGGGUCCGACCUUGGCCAUGGAAAUGGAGAAGUCCGGGGACACAGAUGGCUUUCAAAGCAAGUAUUACUGGGCCCACGUGCAGGGAGAGCUUUGUGGAAGACUGCGGGGCUAUCUGGAAUCCUGGACAGGCUUCAGGGAGAGAACAGGGCCCCCAGCCGUGAACGUGACCCGCAGCCAGGACUCGGAGGGCACAGUCAACCUCACAUGCUGGGCUUUCGGCUUCUUUCCCCGGAAUAUCUCAGCUGCCUGGUUUUGGGAUGAGGAACCCAUGAGCCGGGAAACCCAGCAGUCUGGGGGUGUCCUGCCUGAUGGGAAUGGGACCUACCGGACCUGGGUGACCAUAAGGGUUCCCCAAGGAGAGGAACAGCGUGUCAAGUGCCACGUGGAACGCAGCGGGAAUCACAGUGCACACCCUGCGCCCUCUGGAGAGACCCUGGUGCAUCAGAGUCGGUGGUGGACCAUCCUGGGUAUUGCUGCUGUGGUUGUUGUUAUUAUCAUCGAGCUUUGUGUCCUUUGCUGCACGAAGAAGAAGAAGAAGACAGCAUCAGCUGUGGGGAGCCCAGCUGUUAGCCUACAAGACCUGGCUCAAUGCCAGAUGGAGCCAAGUGACCAUAAUGGCCUCAGACAACCGGGAUUUCAGUCCUCGUUGUCAGACCCGGCGUCCAUCAUUUCUACUGUGGAAGCUUAG